GAAAAUUUUAUAUUUCCUUAAAAGACUGCAACAAAAAGGUGCCCCCUUAGCUUCUUUUUCUGCUGCGAGUCUCCUCAAGUCUCCUCGUUCCUCGCCAUUGCCAUUUGCCAGGGUUGGUAGUGGUACGGGGGAGCUUGAACUGAUCUCCUGCUCGGAUCUGCAGUGAAGAAUCUACAGGAGGACUUGCUCGAGACAGAAGGUUUCAUCUAGAAGGCACUGCUGCUUGCUUUAUUACCAUUUGCUAAGGAAGCUUUAGUUGUCACUAUUACUGUCGAGCAGAUUACUAGUACAGAUAUGAGCAACCUCAAGUUGGGUGUGGAGGUUGUGGCUGCUCAUGAUCUAAUGCCCAAGGAUGGGCAGGGUUCUGCUAGUGCCUUUGUUGAGCUUCAUUUUGAUGGCCAGAAAUUUCGUACAACAAUCAAGGAGAAGGACCUCAACCCUGUCUGGAAUGAGCACUUUUAUUUCAGCAUUUCUGAUCCUUCUAAUCUACCUGAACUUACACUUGAAGCUUAUAUCUACAACAUGAAUAAAACCACUAAUUACAAGUCCUUCCUAGGGAAAGUCCAGCUCGCUGGAACUUCUUUUGUUCCCUACUCUGAUGCUGUGGUCCUCCACUAUCCCUUGGAAAAGCGUGGAAUUUUUUCACGAGUGAAAGGAGAGGUUGGACUUAAGGUGUUUCUUACUGAUGACCCCUCUGUUAAAACUUCCAACCCUCUGCCAACAUCAGAUCCUAUUUUGAAUAAUUCCUCUCCAGUGCAAACCCAUCAAGGACAGACCCAAUUUUCAAGUACAGCUUCAUAUCACAAUCCAGAAAGCAGGUCCGAGUCUCGGAAUACUUUUCGCAGCAUCCCAAAAGAAAGUCACAUUGCCCAUCAGCACAAUUCUUCAGCUCAGGUCAGUGAUCAGCCAAAAUAUAUGGCUGAUGAGAUGAAACCGGAACCGCCUCCGCCCAGAAUAGUGAGGAUGUACUCAUCCUCAGCAUCUGCACAACCUGUGGACUAUGCGCUGAAAGAAACAAGCCCCUUUCUUGGUGGAGGGCAGAUUGUCGGGGGUCGGGUCAUUCGUGCUGAGAAGCCAGCCAGUACAUAUGAUCUUGUGGAGCAGAUGCAGUACCUCUUUGUACGUGUGGUGAAAGCGAGAGAUUUACCUGCCAUGGAUGUAACUGGGAGCUUGGACCCUUAUGUUGAGGUAAGAGUUGGGAAUUAUAAGGGGACAACAAAACAUUUUGAGAAGAAACAAAACCCAGAGUGGAAUGAGGUUUUCGCAUUUGCUAGAGAUAGAAUGCAGGCUUCUAUCCUUGAAGUUAUUGUCAAAGAUAAAGACCUGGUAAAAGAUGACUUUGUUGGACUGGUGCGUUUUGACUUGAAUGAUGUUCCAACACGUGUUCCACCAGAUAGUCCUCUUGCUCCCGAAUGGUACCGGCUCGAGGACAAGAAGGGUGACAAGAAGAAGGGUGAGUUGAUGCUUGCAGUAUGGAUGGGCACCCAGGCUGAUGAAGCAUUUCCUGAUGCAUGGCAGUCUGAUGCAGCUGCUCCUAUUGAUGCAUCUGCCGUAAGCCCGCACAUUCGCUCCAAGGUUUACCAUGCCCCAAGGCUUUGGUAUGUUCGUCUGAAUAUCAUCGAAGCACAAGACAUCAUCCCAAUGGACAAGACUCGCUUUCCUGAUGUGUAUGUCAAGGCACAGCUAGGAAACCAGUUCUUGAAGACGAGGACUGUCCAGGCACGGACAUUGAAUCCACUUUGGAAUGAAGACUUGUUAUUUGUGGCUGCUGAACCAUUUGAGGAUCAUCUGAUAAUGUCAGUAGAGGACCGUGUAGGCCCUAACAAAGAUGAAAUUAUUGGACGUAUUUUCAUACCAUUGACAUCCAUUGAAAAACGAGCCGAUGACCGUAUUGUCAACACACGAUGGUUCAAUCUGGAGAAGCCGGUCGCGGUUGAUGUGGAUCAGAUCAAGAAGGAGAAGUUCGCCAGCCGCAUUCAUGUCAGAGUUUGCCUUGAUGGUGGCUAUCAUGUGCUCGAUGAGUCUACCCACUAUAGCAGCGAUCUAAGACCCACGGCAAAGCAGCUAUGGAAGCCUUCAAUUGGGUUGCUUGAACUUGGUAUCCUUAGUGCCGAGGGGCUCCAUCCAAUGAAAACAAGAGACGGUAAAGGAACAUCAGAUACAUACUGCGUGGCCAAGUAUGGCCAGAAAUGGGUCCGCACCCGCACCAUCAUAACCAGUCUUAGUCCAAAAUACAAUGAGCAGUACACAUGGGAGGUUUAUGAUCCAGCUACAGUCCUCACAGUUGGUGUGUUUGACAACUGUCAGCUUGGUGAUAAAGGUCCAAAUGGUAGUAGAGAUGCAAAGAUUGGGAAGGUACGGAUUCGUCUCUCGACCCUCGAAACCGGGCGAGUGUAUACUCACUCAUACCCACUUCUGGUCCUACACCCAUCUGGCCUCAAGAAGAUGGGAGAGCUCCACCUUGCAAUAAGAUUCUCAUCAACAUCGUUGAUCAACAUGCUUUACUUGUAUGCACGGCCAUUGCUUCCUAAGAUGCAUUAUAUACGACCGCUAACAGUUAUGCAGCUUGAUAUGCUUCGCCAUCAAGCAGUUCAGAUAGUGGCGGCAAGAUUAAGCAGAAUGGAACCACCACUACGGAAGGAAGUUGUCGAAUACAUGUCAGAUGUUGAUUCACACUUGUGGAGUAUGCGCCGAAGCAAAGCAAAUUUCUUCCGGCUCAUGUCGGUGUUCUCGGGCUUGUUUGCAGUGAGCAAAUGGUUUGGCGAUGUUUGCACUUGGAAGAACCCCAUCACAACUGUUCUGGUUCAUAUUCUCUUCAUUAUGCUCGUUUGCUUUCCCGAGCUGAUACUCCCCACCAUGUUUUUAUACAUGUUCUUGAUUGGGGUCUGGAAUUAUCGCUACCGUCCUCGAUAUCCCCCGCACAUGAACACCAAGAUUUCACAUGCAGAGGCUGUGCAUCCCGACGAGCUCGACGAGGAGUUCGACACUUUUCCUACUACCCGCAGCCCAGAGCUUGUGAGGAUGAGGUAUGAUAGGCUGAGGAGUGUGGCAGGAAGAAUUCAGACGGUCGUUGGCGAUAUUGCAACCCAAGGCGAGCGAAUUCAGGCUCUGCUGAGCUGGAGGGAUCCGCGUGCUACUGCAAUUUUUGUUCUGUUCUGCCUGAUCUCAGCCUUAGUUCUGUAUGUGACUCCAUUUCAGGUUUUGGCUGUACUGGCUGGAUUUUAUGUGAUGAGGCACCCAAGGUUCAGGCACAGGAUGCCUGCUGCUCCAGUAAACUUCUUCAGGCGACUUCCAGCAAGGACAGAUAGUAUGCUGUGAAGAAGUCUCAGAGUGGUAACUUUCCCAGCUGGGCUUUUGCUUCACUGUUAGUAUUUUGUUUCUAGUUUAUUUCGUUUAUCUUUAUUGAACUUGAUAGUUGCAAUGGUUGUAGUAGUAGUAGUAGAGGACUUGCUGGUAGUUGGAGACUGCAAAUAAUGUAUCUGUAUCUUUAUGUACCUUAUGUUGCAAUCGUUAAUUAGCUUGUGAUUACUUGAUAGUGCCUAGGCGAUCUUCAUAUAUUCUGUAAUUAGUUUCUUUAUCCCAGUUGCACUUAUGCUUUUGGA